UAUGUGACGACUGAAGGAGGGGGCAACACUUCUGAUCGGAGGAGCGGCGGUACAGGACAGUUCAGAAGAGCAGAGAGGAGAGGAGCAGUGCGGGAGAGACGGUGCCCAUCCGUCAACUAGCCGGAGGAACCCACACUAACAAACCCUUAUGGCUGCUUGAGAAAUAACGAUACACCCCCCCUCCCCCUUUUUCUCUCUUUCUCUGGGACUUUUGGCUUUUAGUAUUGUCCUGACCAGAAGCUGUUGCAAGUCUAAUUAGUUGCUCCAAGUUGAAAAGUGAAUCCACUUGCCGUGGACGUCUCUGGCGGUCAUGGAUACCCAUAUAAGAUGGAAAGUUAAACGGAGGAUAAGGGACGCCCAAAUCACUUUAGCGGUGAUUGUGCUUUUUGUCACAUCGCAAGCAAGUUCAGCGGAACCAGCAGACCUCUUGAAGAUUUUAGAUUUUCACAGUUUACCUGAGGGUGUUACAAAAACAACGGGUUUCUGCUCACAUAGGAGGUCAACACAAGGACCCGAUGUGGCUUACAGAGUUUCCAAAGACGCCCAGCUCAGCGCCCCCACCAAACAGCUGUAUCCAGGUGAUGUGUUCCCGGAGGACUUUUCCAUCUUGGCCACAGUGAAGCCCAAGAAGGGCAGCCAGUCCUUCCUGUUGUCUGUGUACAACGAACAGGGCAUCCAGCAGCUUGGACUGGAAGUGGGACGCUCUCCCGUGUUCCUGUACGAGGACCACUCAGGCAAACCCAGCCCCGAGGACUACCCCCUCUUCAGAGGAGUCAACCUAGCUGAUGGAAAGUGGCAUCGAGUGGCCAUCAGUGUGCACAAGCAGACCAUCACCCUCAUUCUGGACUGUAAAAAGAAGACCACCCAGAAGCUGCUCCGGAGCCCCAACCCCAUCAUUGAUACCAAAGGAAUUAUAGUGUUUGGAACUAGAAUACUUGAUGAAGAAGUCUUUGAGGGAGACAUCCAGCAGCUAAUGAUUGUAGCAGACCAUCGUGCUGCCUAUGACUACUGUGAGCACUACAGCCCCGAUUGUGAAGUGCCAGUGCCCGAUCAGCCUCAGAACCAGGACCCCAACACAGAUGAAUAUAACCCAGAAGAGGACAGCUACUACUAUGAAUACCCUUACUAUGACGAUGGAGAUAACAAGCCUUACGAAUCAACCCCUGGUGCUGGAACAACCACAAAAGAAGUCAAGGUGACAGAAACAGACGGAGACACUGUGGUGACCACAGUGGAGGAGGUUCUGAGGGGCAGUAGCACGGACAGCAAAAUCUCCACCUCUGACUCUGGGAGCCGGUCCUCUGGCUCUUUUGUGACUUCUACAGGUACUGCCACUGGCGGAGGAGACACCUACGGAGAGGAAAACGGCUCUUACGACAACUACGAUGGCUACGGUAACUACGAAACCUACUACGAUGAGUCCACAGUGGCACCUGAUGGUGGCUCCUCUAAAUAUGUCACCAUCACCAGCACUGGCACCGGGGGUGAGCUGGAUUUGGGAACAGGGGGGAAGAUUGACUUGGGUACAGGGACUGUACUUGAAAGCGGCGUGAUCAGGGGAUCUGGAACUUCAACAGUCAUCACCAGCAAUAAAACAUCAGGAGGAAGUUCCUACGAUGGCUACGUCGAUAGAUAUGAUUAUGAUGUGGACAGCCAUUACAGCACUGGUGGUCAUGGCAGUACAGAUCACAGCAGUGGUGGAGAAGACAGGACCAUUAGCAGUUCCACCAUCACCAUCGGAGGUGGGUCUGCCGGAGGAUCUUCUGUCUCUGCAGGAGGAUCUUCUGCUGUCGGGGGUGGAUCUUCUGCGGCUGGGGGUGGAACGGCCAGCGCUGGCACUGGAGCUGGGGGAUCCAUUGCCACUGGAACAGGCCAGGGCUUAGAGGUCGAGGGUGACUACACCGAUUUGGAUGGGUUCAAGGAGGAGCACAUCACAGACUAUGAUGAUUUAGACGCCUAUGAUGUCUACCCAGAUCUGGAAUACGACAAAGAACGCAAACCGCUGCCUGCUGAGACCGAUGAGUAUUACGAACAGGUCAACGGAGCUCGUGGCGAGAAGGGACAGAAGGGAGAGCCUGCUGUUAUUGAGCCUGGAAUGUUGGUGGAGGGUCCGCCUGGGCCUGAAGGACCAACAGGUCUCCCCGGACCCCCAGGUGCUUCUGGCCCACCGGGCAGUCCCGGAGACUCUGGAGAGAGGGGUCCUCCCGGUCGUCCUGGUCUUCCUGGUGCUGAUGGUCUGCCAGGACCCCCUGGCACUGUCCUGAUGCUGCCUUUCAGAUUCAGCGCUGGAGGUGACUCUGGACAGAAGGGACCUGCUGUAUCAGCACAGGAGGCCCAGAUGCAAGCAAUCAUGCAGCAGGCUAGGCUGGCUAUGCGUGGUCCUACAGGUCCAAUGGGUCUGACUGGCAGACCCGGCCCUCUGGGUCCUCCUGGUGUAUCAGGACUGAAGGGAGAGUCUGGAGAGUCAGGACCUCAGGGACCACGUGGACCUAUGGGAUCCCCUGGACCUCCUGGAAAGCCUGGCAGAAGGGGUCGUUCUGGAUCAGAUGGUGCCAGGGGCAUGCCAGGACAAUCUGGACCCAAGGGAGACAGAGGGUUUGAUGGUCUGGCUGGACUUCCUGGUGAAAAAGGACACAGAGGUGAUCCUGGCCCCUCUGGACCUCCUGGUGCUCCUGGAGAAGAUGGAGAGAGGGGAGAUGAUGGAGAGAUCGGACCCAGGGGACUUCCUGGUGAACCAGGCCCCCGGGGUCUGCUAGGACCAAAGGGACCUCAGGGACCUCCCGGACCCCCUGGUGUUGCUGGAAUGGAUGGCCACCCUGGACCCAAAGGAAACAUUGGACCUCAAGGAGAGCCAGGACCUCCUGGACAGCAAGGCAACCCAGGUGCCCAGGGACUUCCAGGGCCUCAAGGAGCCAUCGGACCUCCAGGAGAGAAGGGUCCCACUGGAAAGCCAGGCUUGCCAGGAAUGCCAGGAGCUGAUGGUCCACCGGGUCACCCUGGAAAGGAGGGGCCUUCUGGAGAGAAAGGACACAUGGGCCCUGCUGGCCCUCAAGGACCCAUUGGUUAUCCUGGGCCCCGAGGCGUAAAGGGAGCCGACGGUGUUCGCGGUCUUAAAGGAAACAAGGGUGAAAAGGGAGAAGACGGCUUUCCCGGCUUCAAGGGAGAUAUGGGUAUCAAGGGCGACAGGGGAGAGCUCGGACCAGCAGGACCCAGAGGAGAAGAUGGUCCAGAGGGGCCAAAGGGUCGCUCAGGUCUCCCAGGAGAUGCUGGUCCUCUCGGCCCAUCUGGUGAGAAGGGUAAACUUGGAGUUCCCGGAUUGCCAGGAUACCCAGGAAGACAAGGACCAAAGGGAUCUCAGGGUUUCCAAGGUUUCCCUGGUGCCAAUGGAGAGAAAGGAACUCGGGGAACAGCGGGAAAGCCUGGCCCACGCGGACAGAGAGGACCAACGGGGCCUCGAGGAGAGAGAGGGCCAAGAGGACCAACAGGAAAAGCUGGACCAAAGGGUAACUCAGGAAAUGACGGCCCACCAGGACCUCCCGGUGAGAGGGGUCUGCCAGGGCCUCAGGGACCAACAGGUUUCCCAGGACCAAAGGGUCCUCCUGGACCUGCAGGGAAAGACGGACUGCCUGGACAUCCUGGACAGAGAGGAGAGACUGGAUUCCAAGGCAAGACUGGCCCUCCUGGUCCUCCAGGUGUGGUUGGACCUCAGGGACCAACAGGUGAGACUGGACCAAUGGGAGAUCGGGGCCACCCUGGACCCCCAGGCCCACCUGGCGAGCAGGGUCUACCUGGAGCUGCAGGAAAAGAGGGCGCCAAGGGUGACCCCGGACCUGCUGGCCCAGCAGGUAAGGAUGGCCCUCCUGGGCCAAGAGGUUUCCCUGGAGAGAGAGGUCUUCCUGGCCCCGUGGGGGCUCACGGCCUGAAAGGGAAUGAGGGUCCUCAUGGCCCACCUGGCCCUGCUGGUUCUCCUGGUGAACGUGGUCCUGCUGGCCCAGCUGGACCUACAGGUCUUCCUGGACGUCCUGGACCCCAGGGACCUCCAGGCCCUGCUGGAGAGAAAGGUGGACCGGGAGAGAAAGGACCUCAAGGCCCAGCUGGAAGAGAUGGCAUUCAGGGACCUGUGGGUCUGCCAGGACCUGGAGGACCCCCUGGACCACCUGGAGAGGAUGGAGACAAGGGAGAGAUUGGAGAGCCAGGCCAGAAAGGAAGCAAGGGUGACAAAGGAGAACAUGGUCCACCUGGCCCCACUGGCCCUCAAGGACCUGUAGGAGCACCUGGUCCUGCUGGUGCAGAUGGUGAGCCUGGUCCCAGAGGUCAGCAAGGUCUGUUCGGCCAGAAGGGAGAUGAAGGAGCAAGAGGAUUCCCUGGACCUCCGGGCCCAGUUGGGCUGCAGGGCUUGCCUGGUCCACCUGGUGAGAAAGGUGAAACUGGAGACGUUGGUCAAAUGGGUCCACCUGGCCCCCCUGGUCCCAGAGGUCCCUCAGGACCUCCAGGAGCUGAUGGCCCCCAGGGACCUCCUGGUGGUAUUGGAAACCCUGGGGCUGUUGGAGAAAAGGGAGAUGCUGGUGAAACAGGAGAGCCAGGUCUUCAGGGAGAAGUUGGCCCACCAGGUCCAAGAGGGGAACGAGGAGAAAAGGGAGAGGCUGGUCCAGCUGGUGCAGCCGGACCUCCUGGCCCUAAGGGUCCCCCUGGAGAUGAUGGUCCUAAAGGCAGCCCAGGUCCCAGUGGUUUCCCCGGUGACCCAGGCCCCCCUGGAGAGCCUGGUCCCGCUGGGUUAGACGGUCCACCUGGUGACAAGGGAGAUGAUGGAGAGGCUGGUCAGCCUGGUUCACCUGGACCCACUGGAGAGUCUGGUCCCUCUGGACCACCAGGAAAGCGAGGCCCCCCUGGAGCAGCAGGACCUGAGGGAAGACAAGGAGAGAAGGGAGCAAAGGGAGAACCUGGUUUGGAAGGUCCCCAAGGAAAGACAGGCCCCGUUGGUCCUCAAGGAUCACCUGGCAAGCCUGGUUCUGAAGGCCUCAGGGGCAUCCCUGGCCCAGUUGGAGAGCAAGGUUUACCCGGUUCUCCAGGCCCAGAUGGACCUCCAGGACCGAUGGGCCCUCCUGGUUUACCUGGUUUGAAAGGAGACUCUGGUGUCAAAGGAGAAAAGGGCCAUCCGGGUCUUAUUGGUCUUAUCGGACCCCCAGGUGAACAGGGAGAGAAAGGUGACAGAGGUCUUCCUGGUCCUCCAGGAGCAUCUGGUCCCAAAGGAGACAAUGGUAUUGCUGGUCCCUCAGGUCCACUUGGUCCCCUGGGUCCUCCCGGACUACCCGGUCCUCCUGGUCCCAAGGGAGCUAAAGGAUCAUCGGGUCAAACUGGACCAAAGGGAGAGACUGGUACACCUGGACCUCCUGGUCCUCCUGGCCCUCCUGGCGAUGUUAUCCACCCACUCCCCAUCCACGCUCCCAUUAAGGGCAGAACGCGUAGGAACAUCGAUGCCAGCCAGAUGGUGGAUGAUGCAACCGUGGAUGCCAACUACAAGGACUACGACGACGGCAUGGAGGAAAUCUUUGGCUCCCUCAACUCCCUGAAACUGGAGAUCGAGCAGAUGAAGCACCCGCUGGGCACAGAGAGCAACCCUGCUCGUACCUGCAAGGACCUGCAGCUCUGCCACCCUGAUUUCCCUGAUGGUGAGUACUGGAUUGAUCCAAACCAGGGCUGCUCUCGGGACUCCUUCAAGGUUUACUGCAACUUCACAGCAGGUGGAGAGAGCUGCAUCUUCCCAGAUAAGAAGUCUGAAGGGAGCAAAAUGGCAAAAUGGCCCAAAGACUCGCCAGGCACAUGGUAUAGUCACUACAAGAGAGGUUCCCUGCUCUCCUACGUGGAUGCUGAGGGCAACCCAAUCGGAGUGGUCCAGAUGACUUUCUUGCGGUUGCUGAGCGCAGCAGCCAGACAGAACAUGACUUACAACUGCUACCAGUCGGUGGCCUGGCACGACCAGGAGCAGGACAACUACGACAAGGCCAUCCGCUUCCUGGGCUCCAACGACGAGGAGAUGUCUUACGAUAACAAUCCUUACAUCCGCGCCCUGGUCGAUGGCUGUGCGUUGAAAAAGGGCUAUGAAAAGACAGUACUUGAGAUCAACACACCAAAGGUGGAACAGGUGCCAUUUGUGGACAUCAUGUUCAACGACUUUGGCGGUUCCACGCAGAAGUUUGGAUUUGAAGUGGGCCCUGUCUGUUUCAUCGGCUAAGACUGUUCACUGAGCAAAUGGAGAAAAAAAAAAAGCAUAUUUUUGUUUUCUCAGAAAAAAAAAACUAUUGAAAAAUAAUAGGACAAUUCUAUUUGUAAAAAAGUAACUUUUUUUUCCAUAAAGCAACAAGUAUGAGUAAAAUGAAAUCAAGUUGAGAAUUCCGUGAAAUUCUUUAGGAAUAAAGGAAAACGAAAUAACCUUGAAACCUCAGUGUGCCUUCUCCAUCACAUGCAAGUUUUGAAACUGGAUGUCAGAUCCUGCCUCCUAUACAACACACACACACCCACACAACACAGACACACCUACACAAAAACACACAGACACACACACACACCUCGCCCCAUGUCAUCACACUUGAUUUAGACGGUUUUGUCCCAAACAACGAAGGCGACCCUGAGAGCUGCAGCCGUUCCAGACGGUCGCAGCAUUUGCCAUGGACUCCAUCUGAUUUGGCUCUUUUCUCUUCUUUAGUCCUGAUCUCAUGUUUUCCCUCAUCUCCCUGGCUUUUUUUUCCACUUGUCUUUUGUUGGUUUUGUUUGCUCACUCACUACAGGAGCUUUUGUUUGUGCAUAAUUGUCUCCCCAUUCUCUUGGAAUGGAUCUUAUAUAUAUAAAUAUAUAUAAAUAAUUUUUAUGUUUGUAAGUACAUUCUGUAUAUUUUUCCUGGUAAUGUUUAUUGCUUCUGGCUUCAAAACAUGCAUGUGACUUUAUUAAUUGUGAGGUAGGAGAUGAUGGAUACAGGGAUAACAUCUAAAUUGUAGAAAUAUCGACAGUGAGGAAAUUCGACUUGUAAAUUGAAAAAAAAAAAACAAACAAAAAAAAAAACAAAUUGGGAA